CAAAUUUAAUUAAACAGUAGGAAAUAAAAUAAAAUUUAUUGAUCUCUGCACAGAGAAGAGGAGAAGAGAAGAAAGCCCUAGAAAUCAAUCAACCUCUCGGGGCUGAAAAGAGAUCCUUCCAUCAAUCUUCAUAUUCAUUUAUCAAUACAAAUACAAAUUUCUUCAGCUACCCACACCCAUGGCAGGAAAGAUUCUUGCCAACUUAAUUGUGAUGGGCUCCGCUAUAUUAGGCAGGGCUUUUAUUCAAGCAUACCGUCAAGCACUUGCAAAUGCUUCAAAAUCUGGUGUUGCCCAAGAAACACUUCAAAACACAAUCCGCCGAGGAAGCAAAGUUAUGACGGAACAAGAAGCUCGGCAGAUUCUUGGUGUCACUGAGGAAACUUCUUGGGAGGAGAUAUUGAAGAAGUACGACACUUUGUUCGAGAGAAACUCAAAGAAUGGAAGUUUUUACAUUCAAUCGAAGGUUCAUAGGGCAAAGGAAUGUUUAGAGGCUGUACAUCAAGGAAAAGGUGAGGGUACCCCUACUUGAGAAUCUGGUAGAGAUCGGCCUUCGCACACACUGCCCCUUGUAUUAUAAUUAUUUCGUUCCAGUGAGAUGUCCUGAAAGAUAGAAUUUGUAUUCUUAAGCUAGUGUCUCAUCUUCUGGAUUCAAAUGUUCAUUGAAACAUGUGAUCACCUCUUAUGGUAAAUUAAUCAUGUAGUUUCCAAAGAUAACUAAAGCCUUCAGUUUUGGUUUCACCAUUAAUCAACAUGUAGGGAUGGAACUGCUGGUAGCAAAGUCAUCCUAUUGAUGUAUUGUUUGCAAAUAGUUUUUGCCUAAUGUAUAAUGAAUAAGCUACUAGGGGGUAAAACACUCCUCGAAUUUCUAAAA